GCAGGAGGGGCGCCGGGGGUGACGCUGCGGGAGCCGCUGCCAGCGCCGGGGCGACAGUCGGCAACCCGGGCCCAGAGCAGGCGGGCCGGAGGCCGAGUCAGCCGCCCGGGCCCUCCGGAGCGACCCCAGGCCGAGCGGCAGCGGUUUCUGCAGGGCGGGGAGGCGCUGCCACGCCGAGCGGGGGAAGAUGUUCAACGUGGAGUCGGUGGAACGGGUGGAGCUGUGCGAGAGCCUUCUCACUUGGAUCCAGACGUUUAAUGUGGAUGCACCAUGCCAGACUGUGGAAGAUUUAACGAAUGGGGUUGUGAUGGCCCAGGUUCUUCAAAAGAUAGAUCCUGCAUAUUUUGAUGAAAAUUGGCUAAACAGAAUCAAAACUGAAGUAGGAGAUAAUUGGAGGCUAAAGAUAAGCAAUUUAAAGAAAAUUUUAAAAGGAAUCUUGGAUUAUAAUCAUGAGGUUUUAGGACAGCAAAUUAAUGACUUCACCCUUCCUGAUGUGAACCUUAUUGGGGAGCAUUCUGACGCAGCCGAGCUCGGGAGGAUGCUUCAGCUCAUUCUGGGCUGUGCUGUGAACUGUGAACAGAAGCAAGAGUACAUCCAAGCCAUUAUGAUGAUGGAGGAGUCUGUCCAGCACGUUGUCAUGACAGCCAUUCAAGAGCUAAUGAGUAAAGAAUCUCCUGUUUCUGCUGGAAAUGAUGCCUAUGUUGACCUUGAUCGCCAGUUGAAGAAAACUACAGAGGAACUAAAUGAAGCUUUGUCAGCAAAGGAGGAAAUUGCUCAAAGAUGCCAUGAAUUGGACAUGCAGGUUGCAGCAUUGCAGGAGGAGAAAAGCAGCUUGUUGGCAGAGAAUCAGAUAUUAAUGGAAAGACUCAAUCAGUCUGAUUCUAUAGAAGAUCCUAACAGUCCCGCAGGAAGAAGGCAUUUGCAGCUCCAGACUCAAUUAGAACAGCUCCAAGAAGAAACAUUCAGACUAGAAGCUGCCAAAGAUGAUUAUCGAAUACGCUGUGAAGAGUUAGAAAAGGAAAUCUCUGAACUUCGGCAACAGAACGAUGAACUGACCACUUUGGCAGAUGACGCUCAGUCUCUGAAAGACGAGAUCGAUGUGCUCAGACAUUCUUCUGAUAAAGUGUCUAAACUAGAAGGUCAAGUGGAAUCUUACAAAAAGAAGCUAGAAGACCUUGGUGAUUUGAGGCGGCAGGUUAAACUCUUAGAAGAGAAGAACAGCGUGUACAUGCAGAACACGGUCAGUCUGGAGGAGGAGCUACGGAAGGCCAAUGCCGCCCGCAGCCAACUGGAGACCUACAAGAGACAGGUAGUAGAGCUACAAAAUAGAUUAUCUGAAGAAUCAAAGAAAGCAGAUAAAUUAGAUUUUGAAUAUAAGCGGCUAAAAGAAAAAGUUGACAGUCUCCAGAAAGAAAAGGAUAGGCUGAGAACAGAAAGGGACUCGCUGAAGGAGACCAUUGAAGAGCUUCGCUGUGUGCAGGCCCAGGAAGGGCAGCUCACAACGCAAGGGUUAAUGCCUUUGGGAAGUCAGGAGUCUUCAGACAGUCUGGCAGCAGAGAUUGUUACACCUGAAAUCAGGGAGAAACUUAUUCGUCUGCAGCAUGAGAAUAAGAUGUUAAAACUUAACCAAGAGGGUUCAGACAAUGAAAAAAUUGCCUUACUGCAGAGUCUUCUAGAUGACGCAAAUCUACGCAAGAAUGAGCUGGAGACGGAGAAUAGGCUGGUGAAUCAAAGACUUCUGGAAGUACAGUCACAAGUAGAAGAACUGCAAAAGUCUUUACAGGAUCAAGGCUCAAAAGCCGAAGAUGCCAUUUCAGUUCUUCUAAAAAAGAAGCUUGAGGAACAUCUAGAGAAGCUGCACGAGGCCAACAACGAACUGCAGAAGAAGCGGGCCAUCCUCGAGGACCUGGAGCCCAGGUUCACCCACAGCUCCUUAAAAAUCGAAGAAUUACAAGAAGCUUUACGGAAGAAAGAAGAAGAAAUGAAGCAAAUGGAAGAACGAUAUAAAAAAUACUUAGAGAAAGCCAAAAGUGUUAUCCGUACUUUAGACCCUAAGCAGAAUCAAGGAGCAGCACCGGAAAUCCAGGCUCUUAAAAAUCAGCUCCAGGAACGGGACCGGCUGUUCCACUCCCUGGAGAAAGAAUAUGAGAAAACAAAGAGUCAGAGAGAAAUGGAGGAGAAAUAUAUUGUUAGCGCCUGGUACAAUAUGGGAAUGACUCUUCAUAAAAAGGCAGCUGAAGACAGACUGGCGAGCACAGGCUCGGGGCAGUCGUUCCUGGCUCGGCAAAGGCAAGCAACCAGCACGCGGAGAUCCUACCCAGGCCACGUGCAGCCCGCCACAGCGAGGUAGAGGGGUCUGGCCCCUAGACGUUAGCAGCAGCCUGCGUUCAAAGCUUACUUCUGUUACAUAGAACAGCAUUUCAGGAAAUUCAGCCAGCUCACUUUUUGUUUCUCUUCUGUGUUAAUAGUUAGUGUUUCUCAUUUGAGGACUUUCUCUCUCCUGUAUCUUUGUUUUAGAUUCUUUGACCUUUAUUUCGUAGUCCUUUCAGUUCCUUUUAAUGUGCCAAAAAUUUGUACAUGUCCAAUUAAAAAUGUUGUAUAAUAGUGUAAUACUUUUCUUUGUACGAAAACGUCCUCUUCCCCCAAAGUGUAGGCUUUGUAAUGAAUUAGAUUUUCUGCCAAUAAUUGAUACACAAUUUAUAUUCCUUAUUGUGCCUCUGUGUUAUCAUGCUUUAUAAGAAUGUCUUUGUUUAAAGGGAAUUAAUCUUUUUAUGAUGUAUUAAUCUGUGUUUCAAUUGUUUUCCAAAUGCACUUCAAAUAACUUGCAUAUUUACUAUAUAAAAUGGUUGAAGUGUUCUUUUUGCAAAGACAUAAAUAGAUCGACAGAGGUGCUAAUCAGUCCUUAUUUAAAGCACCUAGUAGAACUAUUUAGAGGAAAAAAUGCAUUUUCAUAUUGUUUUAUAGGAAAUUAAAUUGUCCGAAGAUUUGGAGACUAUUUUUAAAACGUGAAUAUGUAAAAUUACAU